GAGGCUAUUGUAGCAUAUAAGAAGAAGACGGAAGAAGAAGAAGAAGAACGCCACUCGGAUUGCACGGCGAUAGGAUCCACUUUCUAUGUGGUUCUCGUAUCCCGUAGAACUACUUCUGGUUCCCUUCUUUAUCUCCUUCAACCAUCCCUAUCCUGUUUUGUUAUGAUUCAUUCUCGUGUUCUAGCAUUGCCGACGCCUUAUUAUUUCUCCGAGCCCUCGUUCGUCAUCUUCCGCCCUUUCCUCUUCUUCUCACCCUAGUCUCUCCGUUGGACUCGUUCCCUCCUUCACGUGUGCAGUACGCUGCGAUUUGGCACGAAUCUGAGCUGCACAGGAGGAGGUUGUGGCCGUGAUGGAGAUGAUGAAAGCGAAGAUUCCUCUGCUACACUGUGCCAUGGAUAAAAGAUGGGUGUGGGCUGUGAUGCUGAUCUCAAUUGUCCUCGUCUUCUUCGCCGCCGCCUCGAACAUGAGCAUCCUCUCCUCCAUCCACACCAUGUACUUCCUGACCAACGCCACGACCCCUGCCAUCGUGGAGUCCACAUCGUUCCCCGCUUCGCCGCCGCCGCCGCCGCCUGUCGGUUCCCCGAUUCCCAGGUUGGCCUACUUUAUCUCCGGAUCCAAGGGAGAUCUGGAUCGCCUGUGGAGGACGCUGCGGGCGCUGUACCAUCCUCGGAACCUCUACGUCGUGCACUUGGACUUGGAAUCUCCGGCGAGCGAGCGGCUGCGGUUGAUUUCGCGCGUCGCCAACGAGACCCUCUUCGCCAAGGUCGGGAACGUGCAUGUAAUCAAGAAGUCGAACCUGGUUACCUAUCGAGGGCCGAUGGUGAUAGCCAACGCGCUCCACGCCUGUGCUGUGCUUCUCAAGAAGGGCGGGCAGUGGGACUGGUUCAUCAACCUCAGUGCCUCUGAUUACCCUCUCGUUACGCAAGACGAUAUACUACACACCUUCUCGUCCUUGCCGCGGAACAUAAGCUUUGUGGAGCACACGAGCCGAUUGGAUUGGAAAGAGGACCAGAGAGCGAGACCUUUGAUCGUUGACCCUGGAUUAUACAUGAGCAAGAAGACUGAUAUCUUAUGGGUAAGUCAGAGAAGAGAGACGCCGACUGCAUUCAAGCUGUUCACAGGCUCUGCAUGGGUUGCUCUGUCGCGGGAGUUCGUCGAGUUCUGCGUGUGGGGAUGGGACAACCUGCCGAGAAGGCUCCUCAUGUACUACACCAACUUCAUCUCCUCCUCCGAAGGCUACUUCCAGACAGUGAUUUGCAACGCGCCCGAGUUCUCCAACACCGUCGCCAACCAUGACCUUCACUACAUCGCGUGGGAUGUGCCGCCGAAGCAGCACCCGCGCGUCCUCACCAUGGCCGACAUGUCUAAGUUGGUAGGCAGCAACGCUCCUUUCGCCCGCAAGUUCAGGCGGGACGAACCCGUGCUGGACAAGAUCGACGCGGAGCUUCUUGGCAGGGCUAAUGGAAGCUUCGUCCCCGGUGGGUGGUGUGCGGGUAGUCCGCCGUGCUCCGAGGUCGGGGAUCCGACACGGCUCCGGCCCGGACCGGGGGCUCAGAGAGUAACUUUGCUGAUGGAUGGGAUUGUUCGGUCCAACAAGUUCGGCCGGAACCAAUGUAAAUAGAACGUCUCGGCGUUGAUGCAGCAGAACUGCAGCCUGAGUUGAAUUCAUUACAAAUAUCUAUCUGUGACAUUUGCCAAGAUCUGGACAUUCAGAGGGGGAAGAAAGAUCGGCAGAUGCAGCUUUUGAGAAGUGUGAAGCAAGAAAGCAUUUGAUAGCGUAUGAAUAAAAAAUGUUGAAUCAUCAGCUUUCGUA